CUCUCCUCCUCCCCCUCCGCUUCCUCCCGGGAUCCAAGAUGGAGUCGCUGAGUAAAGCGGGACAGGAGAUGAGCCUGGCGGCCUUAAAGCGGCACGAUCCCUACAUCACCAGCAUCGCCGACGUGACCGGCCAGGUCGCGCUGUACAGCUUCAGCCCCAAAACCAACGAGUGGGAGAAAACUGACAUAGAAGGUACCUUAUUUGUGUACAGAAGGUCAGCUUCUCCCUACUAUGGUUUUACGAUUGUGAAUCGACUGAAUAUGCACAACCUAGUUGAGCCAGUAAAUAAAGACUUGGAAUUUCAACUGCAUGAACCUUUUCUUCUUUACAGAAACGCUAGCUUGUCUAUUUACAGUAUCUGGUUUUAUGACAAGAAUGACUGUCAUCGAAUAGCAAAACUCAUGGCUAAAGUAGUACAACAAGAAGCUCAAAGAUCGCAGCAAGUUUUACAUGACAGAAAGAGUCCCAGCAGAACUAACGGUUGCAGUGAAAACAAACCCAUUGAUAUCCUGGAAAUGCUUAGCAAAGCCAAGGAUGAAUAUGAACGAACUCAGAUCAGUGACUUAAGUAUUAUAUCAAGUUCUGGAAUGCAGCACAAUGAGAAUCCCACGAAGACAGAAAGCAUGGAGACUUCAGAACAAACAUCUUCAAUGUUACAAAUGCAAGACCAGCCAUUCCAGUCAACGCACAAACAUCUGACAGUGGAAGAAUUAUUUGGAACCUCCUUGCCAAAGGAACAACCAACAGUUUCAUAUUCCAAUCCAGACAGAAUGGAGAAGUUGCAAGCUGACACUACAGGCAGAGAGCACAACUUAUUCUUGCCUUUUUCACUUGAGCAAUCAGCAGUGACACACCAACCAUUGGGGAAACCAGAGAGUACAAGUGUCAAAACCAAUGGCAGUACCUUGAAUCAGCAAGAGCGUGUAACACCCAUGCUGAUUGCUCCAGCUUCAGUUUUGCAGCCUGACGUAAAAAAUGUUUCAAACUAUACAGUUCAAUUAAGCCCUAUUCUUAAUUCAGCCUCAACAACAGAAGCUCCUUCUGCUCAGAUACUUCCCAACCUAAACCCAAACAGUAAUAUAAUGCAAGUUAUGCAUCAAGCUGCUAAACAGAUGUCCCCACUUAUGAAUCAGCCACCGUCUGAUGUGAAUCACAUGCCACAAAAUCUAAUUGCUGGCCAAAACCAGUUCAUAGCACCUUUGGCAGCAACUAAUACAGGAAAUGCUUCAAAUACACCCUUUCCAAACAUUGACCUUCUGCAGAAACUCAGGUUGACCCCACAGCAGGACCAAAUGCAACAGUCUCUUAGUAAAACUACCAUGGCACCUAGCAUUUCAUCCACAGUUAGCCAACUUGCAACACCAGAAAGCUUCAAAGAAUCCCACACCAAACCAGCAUCACUGAGUACCAAAAUAAUCACGCCCCUUCAGACCAUACAGCAAAACAAGGAGCCAGAUGUAUUUCAACAACCCAAGGCUUUGCCAAAAGCCAGCCAAGUCGCACCUCCACAGUUUGUUACAGUCACAACUACAGUGACUCCUUCAAUCCUCUUGUCUCCUAGUGUUUUCCAGCAGUCAGCGACAAAAUCCACUGAAAUAGAGAAUAAAGCCAGCUCCUCUUCUCCUCUAACACUUGGAGCAACAGAAAUUCAGACAAUGCCUCCUACUGUUCUCAGUAGGUCUCAGCUCCAGGAAACCUUAAUACAUCUAAUAAAGAAUGAUUCCAGUUUUCUCAGUACUGUUCAUGAAGUCUACUUGCAAGUCCUGACCAAGAAUACAGACAUCAAACUAUAAUUGUCAGUUGAACUGAAUUAACUUCAAUAUGUCUGCUUCUGAAACAAUUAUGCCUCAUCUAUAAAGCUGUAAUAUUUUUUUAAAAAGAAUAUUUAGUUUUCAGUGUCUUGAAUUUUGAACCUGUUGGGAAAGACUAUUCCUUAAAAAUACUUCUAAAAGUAAUCUAGGUUUCACUGUGAUCAUCACCAGCAAACCUUUGUUUCUAAGGAAAAGUUGUUUAGUUGCAUAUGAGUUUUCAUUAGCAUUAAGUGAAUGUGCAAAUGUUUUCUCUGACCUUUUUUAUUUCUAGCUAUCUUCAGUAUUGAAGAGUUAAGGGG